AUGGAAGAAUUACUAUCGCAGCAGCGAUUAGCUAUGCGCUCUGUCACACGCGCAUUGGAAAACUUUAAGAAGAUCGGCCGUGCAAAUCACACGUACGGCAUAGUUCGGAAUCGCCUUCAAACUCUCAAGGAGACUUACGCUCGAUGCGAGCUCCUGCACGCACAACUGCUCAAAGUCGCCACCAAGGAACAAAAGGAUACCGAGAAAUACUUCAAGGAGGAUGUCUACAUCGAAUUGGAGGACGCCUAUCUCGCAGCAUCGGACUACAUCUCCGACGCCCUCGCCUCUCUCGAAGCAGAUCAAGCGCCAUCAAGUCCAGGGUUAUCCGUGAGUCAAUCACAGAAAUCCGAAAAAUCUCUUACAUUACCGCGCAUUAAUUUGCCGAAAUUCUCCGGCGAUUUACGGGAAUGGGAAACGUUUCGCGAUCAAUUCCGCUCCAUGAUUAUCGAUCAUGCCGAGUUGUCGAAUGUUACGCGCUUGCAAUACCUUUAUUCAUGUUUAAAGGACGAAGCACGCGACGCGUUGCGUAAUCUCCCUUUGACCGAAGCUAAUUUUAAAAUCGCGUGGAAUGUACUGCUCGCGCGUUACGAUGAUAAACGUCGAUUAGUGUCGGAACAUAUUCAUACGCUUCAUACGCUACCGGCCGUUAAUACCGAUUCCGCGCAGGAUCUUAUGUCGCUUCGAGAUAAAGCUAAUAUGUCAAUUCAAGCGUUAAAAAAUCUCGGUCGUCCAGUUGAGUGGUGGGACGAUUUGCUCGUCUAUCUAGUCGUGCAAAAAUUAAAUAAAGCCACGCGUAAAGCAUGGGAAUUACAUUUAGGCGAUAAAACGGAAUAUCCGUCGUAUACGGAUCUUCAUAACUUUCUCGCAUCGCGAAUUCGAGCGUUCGAGAAUAUUCCAACGACCAGUACGGUCAAAACAAAACCGAGCAAGUCGUCCGUGCAAAGUCACACGACGACCGCUACCGGAGCUCAUUGUCCGCUUUGUAAACAAGAUCAUCUCUUGUCAGUAUGUCCUGAUUUCAAGAAGAAACAGGUUAACGAGCGUCGCGAUCUUAUUGUCAAAUUUAAACGAUGUCUCAACUGUUUAAGCGCUCGACAUUUCGCGAACACAUGUCCGAGUAAACAUAACUGUCGUCAAUGCCAACAAAGGCAUCAUACGAUGCUUCACGAAGCGACGACAUCAAGCGCGACCGAGAAUUCCCUUGAAUCCAACGAAACGAAUACGUCAAAUGAAAACAACGUCGUUUCACAUUUAAUUACGAAAACAACAUUUGACAAAUCUCGUGUUCUAUUAGCUACCGCGCGGAUUCAGGUGUGUUCUUCGUCUGGUCGCACAGAUGUCAUACGCGCAUUGUUAGAUCAAGGAUCUGUCACUAGUUUAAUUAGUGAAAAUCUCGCUCAACGGCUACGGUUAUCGCGAACACGCGUUGCUGUCUCGGUUACCGGAAUCGGUGAAACGCAAUCCGUCGCACGACAUGCUGCUCUUAUUUCGGUAUCAUCUAAGACCGGCAAGGGUCCGUCAUACUCAACGACCGCAAUUAUUAUGCGCUCUCUGACUAAAUACACGCCGCCUAAAAUAGCAUAUCAAAUCUCUCUCGCUCAUUUAAGCGGCCUGCCAUGGGCUGAUCCGCAGCCCUCAAGUGCCGAUCCGAUCGAAAUGAUCAUCGGCGCUGAUCUAUACGGUGCUGUUCUGUUACCGGGCCUGUGCUCAGGUUCCUCUAAUCAGCCAACAGCUCAGAAUUCCAUUUUCGGCUGGAUCAUGUCUGGUCCGAUUUCGACGAGUUCGUCUUCAAACAUGUCUAACGUGACAGUUAAUCAUACCACGUUGCACGACAAUCUCGAUGACGAAAUUCGUCAGUUCUGGGAAGUCGAAGAACUUCCGCAAGUAUCAUACCUCACUCCUGAGGAACAACGUUGUGAGGAACAUUUCCGAGCAACUCAUUCUCGUGACUCUAAUGGACGGUACGUCGUACGGCUACCGUUCAAAGCCAAUCCUCCGAUUGCAAUAGGCGAAUCUCGUCACAUCGCCUCAUCACUUCUUUCACGGCUUGAAGGCCGUCUUCAAAAUAAAAGGGAUAUCGCAUCCGAAUAUCGAGAGUUCCUACUGGAAUACGAAAAUCUCGGUCAUAUGAAGAAAGUAGACGAACCCGUCUCUGCUUCACAAUCAGUUUACAUCCCGCAUCAUGCGGUGAUUCGCGAGCAUAGCAGCACCACGCGGUUGCGCGUCGUGUUCAAUGCAUCUCAGUCGACAUCGAACGGCUCUUCACUUAACGAUCAUCUCAUGAUCGGUCCUAAGUUACAAACCGACCUUCGUUCGAUUCAAGUCGAUCCACGCGAUCAAGACUAUCAGCACAUCUUAUGGCGCUCUUCAUCAUCCGAAGCGGUGCAAGACUACCGCUUGCUUACUGUUACUUACGGUAUGGCGUGUGCUCCAUACCUCGCUCUUCGCACGAUUCAGCAAUUGACGCAAGACGAAGGCGCUCAAUUUCCUCUUGCUCAAUCAGUUUUACGCAAUCAAAUCUAUGUAGAUGAUUGCAUCUUCGGCGCGGAUGAUAAGCCGCUUGCAAGGCAAAUCCGCAAUCAAUUAAUUUCAUUGUUACAAAAAGGUGGAUUCCUCCUCCGUAAGUGGGCAAGCAACUGCCCUACGUUAUUCAACGACCUACCGGUCAAUGAAAAGAGUCUCAGUCAAGGCAAAAUUCUGCAAAGCGACGAAAGUUUCAAAGUCUUAGGCGUCACGUGGCUCCCUGCAACCGAUACAUUUCAAUUCUCAGUCGAAGUUACCACGUCGAUCCCAGAUUCUAAACGGAAAAUUCUGUCUACUAUAGCAAAAUUAUUUGACCCGCUCGGGUGGCUUGCUCCGGUCAUAAUUACUGCAAAAAUUAUCAUGCAACAAUUGUGGGCUACUAAGUGUUCGUGGGAUGAUCCAAUUCCACCCCCUCUCAUGCAAAAAUGGCACAAUUAUCACACGCAGCUAAUUCAACUGCGUAAUAUCUCUUUGCCACGAUGGACUGCCUUCGGUUCCGACACAAGUCACUGUGAGCUUCACGGCUUCGCUGACGCAUCGUCCGUCGCAUACGCCGUUGUCAUAUAUCUUAAAGUGAUCUCGCUCAUGGGAUCAGUUACUGUUUCGCUAUUAAUAGCAAAAUCAGAAGUCGCGUCUCUUAAGCCAUUGACAAUUCCAAGACUCAAAUUAUGCGCUGCUGCGCUUUUAGCACGAACAAUGUCGUUUGCCAGAACGACAUUAGAACUUUCGACAACUCCAUGUCAUUGCUGGACGGAUUCAACCGUCACUCUCGCUUGGCUACGCCAAUCUCCAUCUCGCUGGAAAACGUUUGUCGCGCAUCGCGUGAACGAUGUGCAAACUCUAAUACCUGAUGCCAAGUGGCAUCAUGUUCCGACUCAUCAGAAUCCCGCGGAUCUAGCAUCACGCGGAGUUACCGCUUCCUCGUUCGCGGAGAGCUCACUGUGGUGGCAAGGCCCCGAGUGGCUCAAGCUUCCUUCAAGUAUGUGGCCGAAUGAAUCUCGGCAAGAUUACGACACCUCGCUCGAAAAACGUUCGACAUACAUACAUACAGACUAUGUGCAGACCAAGUAUCAGAGUGAUUGGCGCAUUGAUGGGCAUGCCCGAAGACUGCUCAAUAAUAAUCUGAAUAAAAGAAUAAUCUCCUGCGGUCAAGUCAAAGUAAGGCCAACAGACUGUGCGUAUAUCAAAUAUGAGAUUAAUAGUUAUAUGAUUAAGUAUGCCCCGACUUAG